AUGCCCAACAUCAAGCUGCAAUCAUCGGAUGAAGAGGUUUUUGACACUGACGUACAAAUUGCCAAAUGUUCGGGCGUCAUCAAGACCAUGUUGGAUUGUGGCAUUAAAGGUGUCGUAGUGCCCUUGCCCAAUGUUAAUUCAGCUAUAUUACGUAAAGUUUUAAAUUGGGCCAACUACACAGACGACCCUCCACUCCCAGUGGACGACGGAAACAAAGAAAAACACACCGAUAAUAUUUCAUCAUGGGAUGCCGAUUUUCUAAAGGUUGUCCAGGCUAUGUUAUUUGAAUUACUUUUAGCUGCAAACUAUUUGGAUAUCAAAGGUCUUGUGGACGUUACCUGUAAACUUUGGCAAAUAUGA